UCACUCAGUCUCUCACAGUGGACAAUAAUUGUGCAUAUAUAUGUUCUCAUAUUACCCUUUUUUUCUCUAAUGUCUUUUUUCCUCUAAUAACUUACAUCUUCCUAUGUCUGCAUAAUUGUAUCAUAUCACAGUCUUAAUCUGUAUCUUAUCUGCUAAAUCUCAUCAGUUGUUUGAGGAGAUAGAGAAGUAGAGUAAAAGAUGAUUUAGUAAGUGGCAGAGUCAUUUCAAAGAUAGAGGGGACAGAUUAAUUCCUUUCCUAAGUAGCUCACAUUAGUGAACAUUAUCUUUAUUGUUCUGUUUGAUUUAGACUAUCUAUAAAAUUCGUGAUAUACAAUUAACUGAAAUUUUCACUUUAAAAGAAAUUUUAACUCAUCUUUCCAAUUGUUGCAUUAAUUUUUCUUUUUAGACAAAUAAAAUGAGACCUUUAUUAAGUUUCAGAGUUUGACUAAGAAACUUAAGAGUCAGUGCAGUAACAUGCAUUUGCAAACUCACUGUAUUGAUUUAUUUGAUAUGGGAUCAUCUUCCAAGCCCUCUCAAGCCUUUUGACCAUGUCCCUAAAAGGAUAUGCAUGACUUAAGGCAAGGCCAGCACUGUAUUCUGUGAGUGUGUGAUUUAUUGUUUUCCAAAAAGAUCAAAAAGAGUCAUGAGUUCAAUGAAUGCAGCUAAAUUCUCCUGCAGUUGAACAAAUCCAUUUCCUAUUGACUUUCUUCAAAAAUAUGUGACUAUAGAACUGCUUUCCCACUAUUCUUAGCAGUGACAUCUUGGUCAUACACUUCAAUUAAUAAUAACUUGUAGAUAGCCCUGAGGCAUCAGUGUACCAAACUUAGUAUUCCUUGUUACAUACUAAUUUAAGAUACUGAGCUUCAAUUAUGAAAUUUGUUGUUCAAUUUUUACACAUUACAUUUAGUAGCCCCUAAAUUUGGUGUGUCUUUUAAGUCCUCUUUCCCCACAGAUCAUAAAUCAAUCUCUUUUUUUUAUUGUAUGAAAAAAUCAGCACACACAAUAGAUUUCAGAAGUGGCUUUAAAAUGCAUGCCUACUACAUAUCUGAUAAUAUAAUAGCAUUCAGAUUAAAGAGAUUUUUCUUUCAUUCCCUGUGUUGACAGUCCUCCUUUCCAGUCUUUCCCUCUUCCUUCCUGCUUUCCUUUCUUCUCAUUUCCCCUCCACCAAAUCCAAAAUUAUUUGGAGUCACUAUGUAGACAUUUUUUCCCCUUUAUAAUGAGUUCAACAGUGUCAGUGUCAGCAUUUGGACUUAUAUAGAAAAUAACUUCUUCAUUAUUUAUGGUAAUAAAGGGAGAUGGCUUUGUGGGAAGUUCUCUGCACUUUUUAGAGCCAGCAGCCAAUAUGAAAGGGUUGGAAGGCUUUCUGACCCUUGAUGCCAUUCCCAAAGACUUCAGUUCUGCCAUUAGCAUUUGAUCCUCGGGGUUAGGGCACUGCCCCUUAUUAAGAUGCAAAUCCCUCUGAGCCAGAAAAUGCCAUAAGCUGCUGUGAUCCAUUAACAUCAUAUGACUAAUUCAUAGAUUGGAAUAUUUCCAACAGAAUUAGUCUGAGAGCAGAUUUUGUAAGGAGCACUAGAGUCUGAGAGAGAGUCAGAACUAGAUGGGGUCACCAAACAUCUAGAGAACAGUAGAAGACCAUCACAAGCAGACAGAAAGAACAACCAGAGGCUGGAGAGGUUGAAGAGAGGCUUCUCUGACUUCCAUUUUUGCCCAUUCUUAUUCCUAAGUGUGAAUAUUUUUUAAAUGAAUGAAAUGAAAACAUCCACUCAAACACCUUAGAAACUUGGAGCAAAGGACAUAGUUUCUUGUGUAAUUUAGUUUGGGAUCACAUAGGGCAAGAGGCAAGGAGAGUGGGAAGCAUCAAUAGAAAAUAAAUUGUAGAUGAUCAAAGCAUGAAGAAGUGGGGAGGGGGGUAGAAAGAGGUUAGUUUUUGCAUUUACAGGAUUUUAGAACAUGUACAUAAUUCUGAUAAUGACUAUUAAAACUAGACACAAAAACUGGUCAAAAGUCUCAUUUAAGUCUAAUCGUUUAAUAUUUGUUUUACCAAACUAGAAUUUGAUAUGACUGCAAAUGCUUACUUUUUAUCUUCCUAUAUUUAGUAAGCAUUCCUGGUGUCCUUUUGUGUACACGUUUUAUUGCUAAUAUUCUGGGGAAUACAGUGAAUAAGAAAAACACAAAAGCUGCUCCCAAGUAGCUAUCAAAGUGUUACAAAAAAGAAAAUUAAGCAAUAAAUACAGUACCAUGAUGUGAUUUCUUUAGAAAGAGUAGAGGAAGCACAAUGUGGUAUACAGAAAGUGUUAAAUAAUACCCAGUACCCCUUUAAGUUAUAAAUAACCUGUUCAGCCUUUUCUCUAAAGAUUGGCAGUUGGGGGUUGAGAACUUACAUGCAGAUCACCCAAGGCAAGCCUUCAGUUAUCCACUGAGAUAAGGGUUGAAAUCCUCAUAGAGGAAAAGAGCUCCCGCUCCCACCUUUGCUAGAAAUUCUCAAAGGUUAGUAAGGCUUUUAGGGAAGAAAACAAAAAUUAAAGUAUUUCCCUGAAGCUUUUUUCUGAGAUUAUUCCUUGCAGAUCAGAAUUCCUCCUUUGUGUAGUGGAGGAUGAUUAGGGUUUGGGAGAUGCCCAAGUGUUAGAGGUUAGAACAGGGUCUUCUUAAGCUGAUGUGGCAGAAAGCACCACAACUAAGAGAAGGUUAAAAGUGGACGACUGUGGGGAAGUUGGACAACUAUGACGCAGAAUUUUGGAAGGAGAAACUUAAUGGACCACAAAUUUGAAGGAGCCAGAGGAAAGUACAGAAAUCAGGAUAUGAGGCCAGAAUUCUAUCAGUUAGUCACACUGGAUCGCACAAUAAGUGACAGUGUUUGCGGCUUACUUUUGUGAAGUGCAUUGGAGAAGAGCCUGAGGUCAAACUUACUGGACUGGAGCUGAGUGAAUAUUGCCAGCCAAAGCCAGUCUUCCUUGGACAGAUCAGCAUCUCUGUUGUUGUGAUCUCACACUACUUAAUCAUAAGUGAUGAGAAUCAUUCUUGUCUUCAAUGCCUCAUGCAUUUAUUAAGCAACAGCUGUGUUCCAGGUUCUAUGCUAAGUAUACAUGGAGAGGCAAGUGAAAGUAGUUGAUGCUUCAGAACCUAGAGUCCAGAGGGGUAAAGCUACUAUCCUUCAAUUAAAACCAAUUUUUUUUUUAAAAAAAAGAAAACCUAGAGAGAGAAGUUCUUCGUAAAGUAAAACCGAGCUUCAAAUCAACUUCAUCUCUGAUUAAAAUAAGGUUAUCUUGACCUGUUAAAACAUCCAGCUGUACUGUCAGAGGCAAAAAUAAAUCUCCUCUGAUGAAACAUUAAAAAAAAAAAAAAAAAAGAAUGUAGAGUUCAGAGGGCAUGUAUAAAACACCCCCAAGCCAGACAGAGCUAAGUUGCAUGUAUUUUUGUGAGGCUGGCCAAGAACUGGUCUUAGAAGUCUAGCUUCAACAUGUAAAUAGUCAAGAUUAAGCUUUUCACAGAACUCACAUUAUUAAUCAUAAAAAUCCUUUGGAUCACAGCCGUUUCAUAGCUUCAUGUACUGUAACACUGACCUUGAAGACACUUGCCUUUAAAGGAUUGAUGAGCAGAAAAUAGGAACACUUUUCAGGUAACACUCAGGAAACUUUGGGAUUGUCAUAUCUGUUUUCUUGCACCUGCAGCUCCCGUCCUUCUGCCCAUCUGUUCCUUUCACUUAUGAUGAUGGAAUGCUACACCAUGGGCAGGAUUUUCACUUCUCAAUAUAGAACCCAUGUACCUUACCUCAUGGUCCAACUGACUUCCUGAGAAUAAAUCUUUGUCCUUGUAUUUCAUAAGCAACAACAAACAUUGACUUUGUUGUUAGCAUGUAUGAGCCUGCAUUCAUUCAACAAACUAUACAUUUUAAUCAAUAAGUGCCCCAAAAUUUUGGAUUUUAAUGCCCUGAGAGAUCAACUUUUAGUCAGUUAUUGAUUACAAUUUGAGGAGCCUUGUGUCCAGGCCAAAUGCAAUGUGACUUAUUCUCUGGUGACUUCAGUUUGCUAAGCAGCAGCUUCUCCUGGCAUGGGCCACUGCAGAUCCCCUCAUCAGACGGGCUGAGACCGUGCUGUGUGACCUGUAUCUGGAGUAAGAACACAACAAGAGUUAAGAGGAAGAUUGAUGAGGCAUGGACCCUUGCUUCAGGUUUGGAGGAAAGUAGACUGAAUAUAGAGAUGCCAGACAGCCACGGAGACCCAUGGACAGUCCUGCACUCACGCUGAUCUGUCAAACUUUAAAAUUUCCUAGUAAUAUGCAACCUUUGCCAAACGAAAAGAAACUAAUGCCAAGAAGGCAUCCUCUUCAGUAUUGGGAAUAGACGUGCUCUCAAGACGAUGGCUUCGAAGGUCUCCUGUUUAUACGUUUUGACCGUGGUGUGCUGGGCCAGCGCUCUCUGGUACUUGAGUGUGACUCGUCCGACUUCCUCCUACACUGGCUCCAAGCCAUUCAGUCAUCUGACAGUUGCAAGGAAAAACUUCACCUUUGGCAACAUAAGAACUCGACCUAUAAACCCCCAUUCUUUUGAAUUUCUGAUAAAUGAGCCCAACAAAUGUGAGAAAAACAUUCCUUUCCUCGUCAUCCUCAUCAGCACCACCCAUAAAGAGUUCGAUGCCCGCCAGGCGAUCCGAGAGACCUGGGGGGACGAGAACAACUUCAAAGGGAUCAAGAUAGCCACCCUGUUCCUCCUGGGCAAGAACGCCGAUCCUGUUCUCAACCAGAUGGUGGAGCAAGAGAGCCAAAUCUUUCACGACAUCAUCGUGGAGGACUUCAUAGAUUCCUACCAUAACCUUACCCUCAAAACCUUGAUGGGGAUGAGAUGGGUGGCCACUUUUUGUUCGAAAGCCAAGUAUGUCAUGAAAACAGACAGUGACAUUUUUGUCAACAUGGACAACCUUAUUUACAAACUAUUAAAACCCUCCACCAAGCCACGAAGAAGGUAUUUUACUGGCUAUGUCAUCAAUGGAGGGCCCAUCCGAGAUGUCCGCAGUAAGUGGUAUAUGCCCAGGGAUUUGUACCCUGACAGCAACUACCCACCCUUCUGCUCUGGGACCGGCUAUAUCUUUUCAGCGGAUGUGGCUGAGCUCAUUUACAAGACCUCACUCCACACCAGGCUGCUUCACCUGGAGGAUGUGUAUGUGGGACUGUGUCUUCGAAAGCUGGGCAUCCAUCCUUUCCAGAACAGUGGCUUCAAUCACUGGAAAAUGGCCUACAGUUUGUGUAGGUACCGCCGAGUGAUCACCGUGCAUCAGAUCUCUCCAGAGGAAAUGCACAGAAUCUGGAAUGACAUGUCGAGCAAGAAACAUCUCAGAUGUUAGGAUUUUUACCAAUGUAAAUAUGUCUUUCUUUUCUUUUUUAAGAGAUGAGGCUUAGGGUGUAGGUAUUUUACAGGUGUCACCAAGGGAAACGAACUGGUGUAGGGGUUUUAUAAAAAGUAUUUUUCUUCCCAAUCCUAGUUCCUUUUUUGAAUCGCCAGUUAAGCUCUGCUCAUAGAAAUAAUACAUGGGUUUACAAGGCCAGAUUUCAUUCUCAGGUCUUAAGGUACUGCAUUCAUCUCAAAAAGCAACUUCCUAACAAAGGCUAGGAUUUACAUACCUUGUGUCUGAGAUAUAAAAAAAAAAAAUCUGGUUCUGGGAAACUGGAACUCAUGGUAAUGUCUUCAUAUUCUCUCUGCAAAAGUAAAUAAGUAAAUAACACUUUAUCAAAAACAGUUCAGAAGCAGUGCGGUCAGGGAGACUCGCUGGAUGUGAUGAUUCAUACUGCGUGUGAUGUUACAUUGAAUUUUUACAUAUAUUGCCAUAGAAUGUGUACAGUAUUUCCAGUUCCACCAAGAAAUGAACUUAGUACUGGCAGGGAGGCUGCAGUUAAGUAAAUGGAAAUUUAUACUUGAGAGUCAACUAUUCUCUCUGUUUGGAAGACAACUCUUCUUGCUCAUCCAAGUAUUAAACCUGGUCAGCAGGUGGAAUGUAUAUAAAAUGCUACUUAAAAAAUAAACAGGAGUUUUUUUUUUUUGCUUUUUCAGAACAAACAUUACCUGGUGCCUCCAAGGAGACUUUGCCAAAUGUAAUUUCACCUGCUUCCCUCCAUACAAUGUCACUAAAUACCUUUUUCCGUUUCUGGCUCAGACAGGCACAUGUGUAGAAAUAAGUCGGUAGGAGGCCGGAAGGAUGGUAAAUGACAUGGAGGAAAAAAUACAAAUUUAUAUGUGCAUUAUAAUUAACAUGAGCUUAGCACUGGUGUCAAAUGCCCCUUCUGUACAUUUGCAAAGCUCAUGAAAAAAUAUUUGAGGAGGGAGCAAUGUUACUGAAGGAUUUAGGUCUACUGUUGAUAGAUGCAGUCUCUUUAACAUUCGAUGCAUCAAGUAUCUCUAACAGUAAUGCUGUUCAGGGGUAUUCUGGAAGCUCUGUGAUUGAGGAUUAUGGGAAGGAAGGGUGGGGAAGCUUGAGUUCAGGUUCUGUGGCUGCCAUCAUAUGAAUCAUGUAAGCCUGCAUCCUCACUUUGCUGUGCUUCGAUAUGCUCAUUUAUAAAACAGCUGGAAAAAACACCUACCUCACAGGUGCUGUGAGAGCAAAUUGCAUUUGCUAAAUAUUUUGGGAUCCUUAGUUUUAAAGGUGCUACCUAAAGCAGUGUAUCAUGUAUUAUGCUAAAUGUUAAAAUAACUACAUAAUUGCCAUGAUGGUCAUCUCUAGUAGUAACAUCAUCGUAAUAUAAUAUCUGCCAAAAUACAGAUCAAAUAUAACUAUUAGUGCACCUGAUUCUUCUAAGACUGACUUUUCAUUGAAUAUGUUAGGUGUUUGGGAAGACUUCGAUUUCUCUGUCAUUUCUUCUGGUUUCAAUGAAUAAGUUAUUACUUCAGUGCAUUGCCUUGAUAUCCCAGGGUGCUGACAGGAAAGGCAGCUGCCUUUCUUUAGGGAGAAGUCUCUGGCUGGGGGUACAUUACCGUCAGUGAAGCACACGCUUUGCAAAAUGUAUCACAUCCACUUAGAUCUCAGGAAACAUUUGGUCUGAAUUCUCAGCAAGAUCUUUGAAGCCUGGCAGAGGUAGUCCACCUCUGGCAGAAGAAUAGACACUCAGCAAGCCCACACAUUGCACAUUUCCAGCUUUCAUUAAAAAGCUUCUGUUUGCUUCCAUUCAAAGAAAGCUCCACAACUGAAAGAGUAUACAAUUUUUUUUUAACCUGCCCUUUGCAAGCCCCUCUAGGAGUUGCUAGCAAAUAUGCAGAUGAAAUGUAUAAAUGGAAAUCAUGGCUUAUUUCUUGAAAACACUGAAUCUCUCAUCUCCAGCCCAAGAGAACCUAAUAGGAGACAGACCUUCCUGUCCCUUAAUACAUCUUCAUCUCAAGUCAGCAGGACCACUGAGUUUGAUUAGAAAAUAAUGUUAGGUAGCUUGGAGAAAGAUGGAUCAGCACAAGGCAAGCCACCCUCAAACCCCCAGCUCUCGACAGCUGUGAGUUCCAAUCACUGGAAAAGUCUCACAACUUUGAAGUUAGUUGGCCUGUCCAUUGUGUAAUUGAACCAAGGCCCAGUCUUAUACCAACGUCUUGCAUUUACCUUAUGUUCAGUUGAGCCAUCUUCAGCGUUAAGGAACUGCACAUUAUAAACAUCAUAUGUAUACAUCUGUGGAUCACUUUAUAAGUGUGUGUGAGUACAUUAUGAAUAGAGCCCUAGUCUUGAAAAGGAGCAAAAAUCAAGAAUCAUGUCUUAAAGAACUAUUUCCUAACUUUUUUAUGCUAAGUAGUACCCAUGUGACAAACAUGUAAAUAUUCAUCAAAAAGCAUAUGUAUAUAUUUUUAAAGGCAUUUUUUUUUUCUUCUUCCCAGCUGUAUGUAUUGCUAGAAUCUGCUUGCUAUGUACAUUUCCUUCUGCAUGGAACUUGGUGAGCCAAAGUCAUUUGUCCAGUUUCAAUAGCCUAAAGCAUGUUUGCCCUUUGUUUUUUGAAUGUUCCAAAAAUGUUUAAAUCAAGUGAUCAGGAAGAAGCUCUAAUUUUCUACUUUUGCUAAUUUUAUGACACUGGCCAAAUCAGGAUUAGUUAACAAAUCAGUGAUUUGUUAAGCCAUUUUUAAACUUAUUAUUUCUUUGACAUAAAAUAGUGUUUCAGACAGCAUUUUACCAGAAGUCAAUUCAGACAAUUUUAGGAAAACCUUCUGACUAUCCCCCUACUUGUUUUGUUCAUUAUAUACCAGAUAACAAAAGGUAUCAAUACUUCAUGUCUAUACUCUUAAAUUUUCAUUUAAAAUUUUAUUUUGGGGGAA